AUGCCUUCUAGACACUCGGUCGUGCCCAAUUUGGACUUUAGCGCAUUCAGAUCCGACUCCAACAAUGGCAAACUUUCCUCUCCUCUCUCCCCCGGUGGCCAGAGUUCCGACGGAUUGAGCCCCUUGACACCGCGCUCGCCCAAAUCGGCCUCUAACUCACCACUGUUCAAGGGCGCAACCAUUCGCCCAGUGACUCAGGACGGAGAUAGCACCGCGAAUAGCCCGACAUCACCUAUCUCGCCAGGUGGCUUGAACGUUGGGCCGACUGAACAGGUCGAACCACCCACCCCCGGUAUCACAGCCAUUCCGCAAUACUUUCCUUCACCUAAAGGCUCCCCCAAACAUUCUCGCGAGGCGUCCAAGUCAUUCUUUGGUAAUCUGAAGGCGCCCAAGUCUUCACAUCGAGCACAACGCUCAGAUAGCUCCGAAACGUCUACAGAGCCCCCGAAGAGUCGGGGGACCUCAAGAGACCGAAGGUUAUCAAUGGCGCGCCUUUUGUCCGAGUCAACACCCGAUUUACCCACAAUCAUUGCUCAAGCAGAGGAAGCCGAAAAUAAUAAACAUGCCUCCACCGAUAGAACGAUGCAACGAACAGGCCACCGGAAAGCCAGUACUGAAACCGACUCUGCCCCGGUCAAAAAGAAUAAACGAUUUGCAAACCUCCUGACACGAUCUCGGUCUAUUCGAGUGGAUGAAUCAUCCGGCCACCGGGCGCCGGGCAGACGCCCUUCGACUGGCCUAGCCAAAUUGGAGGAAUUUAAACAAGAACCCAAACAGGAACCUCUACAAAUCCCACCGCAGACGGCCCCACACCCUGAACGAACGACACGCACCCCAGUAUCUCAUAUGGAACGCACGGGCGAUCUGGCUCCUAUUAGCAAGCAGAAAACCGGGGGCUCUAUGGUCCAAUCCAGCUCUUUGAGUCAGGUAUCUGGCGCAUCAGCAGCGAUCUUCAACAACCUGAAGCAGUCAUCUAGUGGUGCCGCAGACCGAUUGGGCAAAGCAGGCAAGGGCUUCUUCGGCAAGAUUACUCGAAGUGGCAGCACCAACGAGCGAGAGCUGUUGACCGAUGACUCUUAUGUCUGCUCAGUGAUCAAUCUACCGUUGAUUGAGCAGGCAAGAAAGACCCGCAUUGCAAAGAAAUUGGAGGAUUGCAGAGACAAGACCGAAUUUUGGAUGCCCGCUCUUCCAUACCGCUGUAUUGAUUAUCUGAACUACAAGGGAUGUGAGGAGGAAGGACUUUACCGAGUUCCUGGCAGUGGCAGAGAAGUCAAGCACUGGCAACGACGAUUUGAUACGGAAUUAGACGUCAGUCUAUUCGACGUUCCAGACCUCUACGACAUCAACACAAUUGGAUCACUAUUCAAAGCCUGGCUUCGUGAAUUACCGGAGGAGCUCUUCCCCAAGAAAACACAAGAUAUGAUCGCUGAAAAGUGUGCGGGAGCUACAACAGCUCCGCAAUUGCUCAAAGACGAGCUCUCUAAGCUUCCACCUUACAACUACUACCUUCUUUUCGCCAUUACCUGUCAUCUGAACCUCCUUCACUCCUAUGUCGACCAAAAUAAGAUGGAUUACCGCAAUCUUUGCAUCUGUUUCCAACCCUGUAUGAAAAUGGAUGCAUUCUGCUUCCAGUUCUUAGUCUGUGACUGGAAGAACUGUUGGCAGGGUUGCUGGACUGAGAAGGAAUACGCUGCGAAAGAAAAGGAAAUGGACGAGCGAGAGCAGAAGGUUGCAGCUGAGAAGGCCAAGUCCGUGAAAUCUCAACCUUCGUCCCUCCACGAACGGGCCAUCUCAUCGAGCUCAAGUUCACAGGCGGAAGAGGACCGACCCCGUCCAGAAACAUCUCGUGGUCGGAAGAAGGCCAGGCCAAAGGAUAUCAAUACUGGUGCCACUCAUACCAGAAGCAUCUCUCGACUUCCGGAACUUGGUCCACCGCUCUCCCCGAUCAAAAUUUAG